AUGACAUGGCCAACUCCAGGGCGUCAAUCAGCCGCUCUGGAUACAGGCUCGGCAUCCGCCGCGGAGCCAAGUGAUACAUUCAAAUUGGCGUCACCACAGCAUGCUGUCCCGGCCUUAGUGUUCCAGAAGCGCAUGCCAGCGUCGUUGUCACCACCGAAACAGCAAGUCUCCCCAUUUAAAAACAACGCGCCUUCACGAGUCGCAUCCGUAAGUGGCUCAUCACCAGACAAGAACCAUGCACGCCCACUUGUGCCAGAAACCAGCGACGCAGCAAAGCGUGAGCAUUCGCGCCGGUUCUCGCAUAUUCAUAGCCGCAACCUCUCGGCAUUUUUUCCGCGCCCUGGCACGGAUGCUGCGGGUGAAUACGAUGCGUAUCGUGCGAGCCAGCCGCUCUCUCCCGUACAGGUUGCAUCUGCGGCCACAAGCUCACCAAAUACCUCGUUCGACUCUAGUACUGAGCCGUCCAAUUCGCCAACGAAGCGGCGUGACCGGCGCACGGAACGCCGUGCAAGCUAUAUUCUGUCCAAUUUGGCCAAUGGAAGCGACAUGACUCUUCGUUUGCCAUCACAAAUGGCCGCUGCGAAAAGUGCUUCCUCUGACCCGACACAGCUUAUUUCACCAGACCCUACUGCGCCUCGUGCGAACUCGGCUGCUUGGUCGACGCUCCCGUCCCGUGUCGUGUCAGACAUGCAAGUAUCGCCGACCAUGGAUAUGCCGCACGAAACGCUAAGACCACUUCCUUGCGGUGCUUCGACAUUAUGUGUAUACAGCCUCGUGCAUAUUUCGCUAGGCGCCGUGCUGUGGGUGCUAGGCCAAAUACGUGAUUCGCUUGGCCUCGUUGGCAUAGGAUUCUUGUUGGUAUUUGACACUAUGGGUCUUGGGAUUGCUCUCUGGAGGUACAGAUCCAUUAAGAUGCAGCUCGAAAAUACCACGGACUCAUUCCGCUUGCCAUUUGGUCCGCAUCGCUUUGAAACACUCUUGGAUUUCUCUCUCGUACUUUACCUAUUUUUCUCUGGCAUUUACAUGUGCAUGGAAAAUGCAGAACACGCCCUACUUGCAUCCAGCGCACCACAUGAGGAGGAUCGAGCUGGUCUGAUUCUUCCUCGUACUGUGCUAGCUGUGGCUGUGCUCUUAUGUGUUGGCACGAAUGUAGUGCUUCGGAACCAUGACCGGCUCGCUGCUGCUUGUGGCAUGAGCCUGGAUGCCGGUGAUAGCCUUGACGGCCGUCCGCGGCGUUCGCAUGCGCGCCAUGUGUCAGUGCUCGCUCGUCCCAUGCUUGCUGUUCAGCCAGUUUACGACGCACUUUCGAAUCCCUUCGCCGUCAUGAUUUUGUUCUUUGUCACCGUGCUCUUCUUGUCCGCGAUGCUACUACCGCCUGCACAGGCAGCAUCAUUUGACAAGCUUGUUGCCGGCUUGCAGGGUGCCAGUAUGAUUUGUGUGAGUGUGACAGCACUGCGUCCAUUAUGCAAGACACUGCUGCAGGCAGCGCCGUCUGCUAAAGAUACGCAGGCAUUGAAGUUGCACAAGGCACUGAGCGUUGUCGAGACGCAUCCUGCUGUGGUAGGUGUGCCACAAAUACAAAUGUGGCAGCUCGCUUUGCCAUCUCUUGGAUAUACAGAAGUAGGCGUCGGCACAGAUGGCAAGCGAGGACUGGCCAACGUGCUAUCCAUGCGUCGACAUGCAAAGAUGGCGCCGUUGGUCGUGGCCGUUCACAUCAAGCUUCAACGGGAUGCUUCAGUCCAAGAUUGUGAAGACGUAACCAGCCUCGCAUGGCAUCAUGGCUCCAUUGCGCUGAACAUUUUGCCCCAUACGCAGGUCGGUGACAUGGUGCAUAAUGGUAAAACGGUCGGCGACCUAACUGUCCAGGUGACUCGGCUGGGACAAGACGCAGAUGUGCGGGUUACGAAACAUGGUGCGCACACACACUGUCAUGGGCACGAGCAUGGACGUGGUCACUGCGAUGGUCAAGAUCAUGAACAUGAUCACGACCAUAGCCAUGAGAAUGACCAUGAUACCUGCCGUGGUCAUCAUCACAAUCACGGUCAUGCCCAUGAUUAUGACCAUGACCAUGCCCAUGACCAUGACCACAGCAUUCACGACGCCGAACUUGUACACAAUCACGCGCAAGCAACUGAAAUGGAGGCGCCAUAA